AUGCACACAAAGCAAACUCAAGUGCAGAAGAGACGCAUUCGCAUUGACUGGUUCAGCAAUGGGACCAAGCAGCGUGAGGAGGGAGCUGUCUAUGUUGAAAUAGGCGGGGUUCCUAAAUGGAGAUUCUUUCCCCUGCUCGAGCAGAGUCCCCUGACUUUCAGCGAUGUAGACGUGAGCACCCUAGUCGACUUCUCCUUAAGGAGAGUCAAGCUGGAAGCCGUGUUGCAAUUCGUGCAGCAGAGGUUGAACAAGAAGCAUCUCGCACUUUCGAGCAAUAGCUUGCAGCACUAUGCGUCCACCAGCGGUAAGGACCCCAGCAAGAAGGUCAGGGCUACUCAUGGGAACACGCCCGAUUGGUAUGCCCUUUUUGCCUGCACUGGACCUGGUUGUGGAACCAAGCUGUUGGUCGGGGGUUUCUUCUCCCAACCCCCUGAGCCAGCAAAGGGACAGAGCCGGCAGCCUCCGACAGGAUUAGACCCCAGGGUUUACGUGUGGGGUUCCCCGACACCGUUUGAGCGGAAGAAAACCGGGAAGGGGGGUAGCUUUCUCUCUGGCCAUGUUCUGCACUGUCUGUGUGAGCACACUCUAGACAAAAAGGGUUUGUCGGCUGCUUAUGGCAGACUCUCUGGUGAAGCGCGACUCAAUGCGAGGGCAGCUGCAAACCGGCCUGCGCACAAUGACCUGCUGUCCGCGGCGAGUCCUGGGAAGGUGGCAGUGGGCAACUUCUCGGGGGCAGUAAGGACCAGGGCGGUGAUCAAUCAGCUUCGGUGGGAGCAGAGACGCGCAGAGAGGCCCUGGGGCUCUGAUCAGUAUGCGGGGCUGAGAAUGGUCAAGGAGGAGCUUAGGGACCAGGAACGGUCCAAGAUCCCCCGCUCGGUGGACCUCUCGAACCGCGUGCUUUGCAUAGUGCAGACAACCAAAGAAGACCCGUUGUCAGGGGUGUUGCUCACGGAGAGCAUGCUCAUAAAGUACCGAGCUCUGCACAGAAACGGCUUUGGGGCGGAUUUCACUGCGGGCAUCAUAAAGAAGACCCUGGUGAAGCUGGCGAAUGGGGACACGGCCAUCAAGCAGAUCCUGGUCUUCGCCAUCGUGGCUGUCAACCCCUAUUCUGGUGAGAAGAAUUAG